ACGCAAACGCGCACAGGUGCUUCCUGACAGUUCUCGAGCCGCUAGUGCUGUCAAAAAACACUCGAACCCGUUUUUUGGUCGACGCGGUCCCCUGGAUUCCCUAUUCCCUAUUUCGGCACCAGCCAAAGGAGGCUGUGCAGUUUACGUUUCCAUCGCGGGCGUUGUGUGCGUGCGUGUGGGCGCAUUCGUGAUAAGCGGCAGUCCGUGGUCAGCCACAAUCCGAAAGCCUGCAGCAAUCAAACAACAGACAACAAGUCAAGUGGUUGUGUGAUAAAUCGCCCCCAAAACAUACACGGCACACCAAUCCCGGCCGUGUAAAAGAGACAGGGACAGUGUGUGUGUGUGCACCCGGGGAACGAAGAAAGAUAAGCAGCACGACACUUACACACGCAUUCAGCCGAACAGACACACGGCUUUUGGGGUGCUGCUGCUGCUGGUUGCCAGAGAACUCAGUAAAAUAAAAUGGCCGGAACGCAACGAACCGUCACCGUAAUGGUGGGCCUCCUGCUGGCCACGCUGGCCAGCGGACACUCGGAUACGACCAGCGUACAUCUGACGAAGGACAACUUUCAGACGGAGAUCGAUGGUGCCAACUACUUCGUCAUGUUCUACGCACCAUGGUGCGACUACUGCAAGAAGCUGGCCCCGACCUGGGCCUCCCUAGCCGAGGCCCGCAACGGUGAUGCGGACGGGCUGGUAAAGAUUGGCCGGGUCGACUGUACGACCGAUGGGGAUCUCUGCACGCAGCACGACAUCACCGGCUACCCGAUGCUGAAGUUGUUCCGCAAGGGUGCAGCGACCGGUGACGGUGGCACCAAGUACCGUGGCGGACGCGAUCUGGCCCAGUUUAAUGCGUUCCUGGACGAGCAGCUGGCGACGGUGGCCGGUGAGGGUGCGAAGGAUGGGGAGGAUGGUUCGCAGGAAGACUUGCCGGAUGCACCGCCGACCCCGGUCUCACCGCUUACCGAGCUGACCGAGGACACGUUCGCGAAGCACGUCUCGAGCGGGAAACACUUUGUGAAGUUCUACGCCCCUUGGUGUGGACACUGCACGAAGCUGGCACCGACCUGGGAGGAGCUAGCCCGCAGCUUGGAACACGAGCGCGAUAUCCGCGUGUCGAAGAUUGACUGCACCCAGUACCGGCCCAUCUGUACGGACUUUGAGGUUAAGGGCUAUCCGACGCUGCUCUGGAUCGAGGAUGGCAAGAAGAUCGAGAAGUACACGGGACCUCGCACUCAUGCCGACCUGAAGCAGUACGUGUCCCGGAUGGCCGGUGGACUGAAGGAGGACGAACAGCAGGCAGAGCAGCAGGGUGAUAAGAAGAAGGAGGAAGGCACACUCGAGGCUGGUGCCGAGCGGGAUGACAAUCGGUCGGUGGUGGUGCAGCUGAGCGAAGGCGAUUUUACGCACGCCAUCGCAAAGGGUGUGACGGUGGUGAAGUUCUAUGCGCCCUGGUGCGGACACUGUAUGAGGCUCGCGCCGACCUGGGAACAGCUGGCGGAGAAGCUGGCCGCCCGGGACGAUGUGAAGAUUGCGAAGGUGGACUGUACGGUGGACGCGAACAAGGAGCUGUGCGGCGAGCAGGAGGUGAACGGGUAUCCGACCGUCUUUCUGUACCGUGAGGGUGAGAAGGUGACCGAGUACUUCGGCCACCGGUCGCUGGACGAUUUGCACGAGUUUGUGAUGCAGCAUCUGCAGGACCAUGGAUCGCACGAUGAGCUGUAGACAGACUGGCGUCCGGUUCCCCGGUCGUAAUGCCGUUCCGUUUUGUUGCAUUUAAUUGUAAUGUCGUGUCGAGUCAACUGUAAGGUUGAGAAGAGCCCUAUUUUGGAAAUUGAGUGUGGGUUUUAGGGUGGAAAGCAGGAGAAAGUCUUCAAAAUUCAACGGAAUAGUUUUUUUUCACACAAGGUUGCACACCGCCGAGGGUCACUGGUGAGAGAAAGGGAGAAAUACAUUACAAAGAAAUAUACAUUGCGGGUGACGGCUAUCAAAACCACCACCAACUAUA